UGUUAUUUUUAAAACUAGCUAGAACACCAAGUCAGACGUACAGCGCUGAACAGUUGCCAAAAUGGAAUAUUUAUGACGAUAGCUAAAUCGAGAUUCAAAUGGCAGACUCGUUGACGACUGUGAUAGUUCCAGAUCCAGAUCACAGCAUCCAAAGUGACUUGGGCGAAGAAACGACCCCACUGUUGCGUUACACCCAGUCGGCAUGGGUGCGCAACUUCUUCAUCGUGUGCCUGGUGAUCGUGUUCUGUACCGGAUGCGCCAUCGGAAUUUACCUGCUAUACGCUGAAAGUUAUGAAACUACACUAUACACACGUGCUAUCAAAACUGAUCUCGCCAUUCCCCACCAUAAACUAAGAAAUAUAGAGGUUAAUGACGCUGAAAUAACUGAAAAGAAACCUAUUUCUACGGGCAUAAUAAAUUAUUUGGUAACUAAGAUAAGAUCCUUUUUUGGACGGCUCCACGGCUGGUCUUAGCGCUAAUGUGGUGUAUACUAGUGGCAUGUCAAAGAGAAACUUACAAAAAAAUAAUAUAGGUACAAAAAGUUAGUCUACGUGUAACCGUCUAAAGCUACCGUUCAAACUGUCCGCGUCGUUAAUCUUCGUUCUUCGUCGAAUGAUCCCCUGAUCGCUUAGCAAGUUCAUCCGGUCGUAGGAAAGCAGGCGAUCUCGCUUGUUGAUCAGUUCCUCCUUCCACAGCUCGAUCAUUUCGUUCGUGGACAUUAUUCCACCGUAUUCGGACGGCAAGGUGGGCGGGUCGAGCACCUUGUGCAGGUCGGCCAGCGUGUCGUGAAACUGCAAUUUGGACAAAAUCGAAUUAGAGUCUAGAAACUUUUGAAGCGCCCUGUGCAAUAGAUGCAGAAUUGGUCGCAUCAACAGGAUGUACUUUAGAAAAUUGCAGGGGUUUCAUUUAAAGGAUGUAAUUGGUGGACAUUAAUAAUAUUUUGUAUACCUUC